AUGCGUGUAGUAAUUAACCUCCUGGGUGAUCAAGUCCGCGAACGCAGCUCUAAGUCGAGAUCGAGGUCAAAGGAAUCCCGAUUCAAGGAAGAGGAGGAUGACAACUUCCGCAUUGUCCGAAAGACGCAUAAAAAACCAAAGAAGAGCGUUAAGGAACGCGGUUCUAGGUCAAGAAGGAGUUCAACCUGUUCAGAAAACGACCGUGGAACUUGUGACUAUCCGAUUUUGACGGUAGUUUUGAGACAAGACGCAGGCGAGAAACGCAGCAGAGGCAGAUCUGGAAGUGGUGAAGGCGGUGGGAAGAUGAGAAGCAGACGGGCAAAGUCGACAUCCUCAAGGACAUCGAGAUCACCGUCGAAGGCUGUGGAGGUGUUUUAUAGAGUCGCCGAGGUUGAGAACGGAAAAGACAGGAGGUACAAAUACUAA